AUGAAGCGCGUCAAUACGCCGGAAGCCGAGUCUGACGACGACCAGGGCCUCAGCCUUGAAUUUGAGGACGGAUUCUUCGACUUUCUGGGCGACUCCAGCACCGGCGUCGGCCGCGAUGGCCACGUUUCUGCGCCCAGAAGCCGCAGCGCUGCCGCCGGAGUGGCAGCUGGUGACGAGGCCACUGCCGAAUCGCUGACCGGCGAUAAAGCGACCGCCAGGCAGACCGCAUCUGGCAAAGUCGCGGCGGAUGAGCCUUCGCCCAAUGCGGCUGAUGGCGCUGCGACAGCUGCGAAGGGCGCAGACAGCAAGGCCGACCCCGCCAUGCGCAAGCAUCUGACGUCAACGUCCAAUUGGUCUGACUUCGGCAUCGCACGCUCACUGAUCAAGGUACCAUCGACCGCCGUGUUCGACAUGGGCUACGAGGCCCCCAGCAUCAUCCAGAGCAAGGUCAUCCCCGUGGCCCUUGAGGGCAAGGACCUGCUGGCCACUGCCGAGACCGGCUCCGGGAAGAGCGCGGCGUUCCUCAUCCCCACGCUGCAGCGGCUCAUAAAUGCCGGCGUGAUCAGGCAGGACAGUGGCCAGCGCACGCCGUGGCAUGCGCAGCGUGUGGGCACCAAGGCGCUGAUCCUGCUGCCCACCAGGGAGCUGGCUGCGCAGUGUUUCGACGUUUUCCUGGGCCUGACAAAGUACGUGAGCCAAAAUGGGAUGCUGCUCACCGGCGGCGUGCCGGUGAAGGACCAGGAGGCGAGGUUGCGCCGUGUGCCUUACAUCGUGUUCGCGACCCCCGGCAAGGUGCUGGACAUAAUGCUGAACUCGAACAGCAUCCACAUGGACGGCAUCGAGAUCGUGGUGCUGGAUGAGGCCGACCGGCUGCUCGACCUCGGUUUCAAGGACGAGCUCACCCAGAUCCUGAAGCUGUGCAACAAGGACCGGCAGACGAUGCUGUUCAGCGCUACGCUCACUGAGGCAACGAAGGAGAUGGUCCCCGUGUCGCUGGUCAACCCGAUUUACAUCCAGGCUGCCCCGCGCAUCACGGUGGCCAAGACCCUCAAGUGCGAGAUGAUCCAGCUGCCCAACGACGAGCUGAGGGAGGCAGCUGCGCUGUACCUGUGCAAGCAGAAGUACACUAGCCGCACCAUUCUGUUCUUCCAGACCAAAAAGGCCGCCCACAGGGCCGCCGUGGCGUUCGGCCUCGCUGGCCUGAAAUGCGGCGAGCUGCACGGCGACCUAUCGCAAUCCAAGCGCUUCGAGCAGGUUGAAAUGUUCAAAGACGGCCGUGUCAACUUCCUCAUGGCGAGCGAACUGGCCUCCAGGGGUCUGGACAUCCCCGGUGUCCGUGCCGUCAUCAACGUACACGUCCCUACGGACGUCGUGAGGUUCGUCCACCGGGUCGGCAGGACAGCGCGCAUGGGCGAAUCGGGUACCGCCAUCACGUUUUACGUGGAGAGCGAGCGGUCGGCCGUGAAAAGCAUGAUGAAGCGUGUGGCCGCCGAGGGCUCGGGCCUGGAAAAGCAGAAGAUAAAGCUGUCGACGGCCGCGCUGAACAACUACAAGCGCAAAAUCGAGGAGCUGGAGGACAAGAUAAAGGAGGUGCUCAUGGGAGAGCAGGUCGAGAAGGAGAUGCGCAGGUGCGAGAACGUGAUAAAGCACGGCAGCGAGCAGGGCAAAGAAGGUAAUUUGCGCGAAGCAGCGACCCAACGUGUGUCAGAAAAGCGCAUGUGGUUCCGUACCAAGCGCGAGAAGCGCGCCGCCUCCAAGAAAGAACUGGUGGAGACGAGGCUGCGCGCAGGCCUCGAAACGGAACGGGAUCCUGAGUCCCCCCCGCGUGCGCCGAAAAAAGCCGUUAAGCGGGGUGUGAAUCCGCGGAAUCCGCCCAAGAAGGGGGCGGCCGGCAAGGGGAGUCGCGCCGGGCGUCACCGAGCGGGUCGCCGGUGA